UGACAUAAUAUCUAUAAAACCUUUGUAAUGAUGCCUGGAAAUUUAUAUUCUGUGUUACUAUUGUUAAUAUCCAAGACUUAAUGUAGCCUGAGUUCUUUCUGCUGUACUCCAUACAAGACAGCAUGAUAGGAUGAACAAAGGUCUGGACCAAGUCAUUAGAAUGUAUUUGGAGAAAGGAUCUCAGCAGUUUAUAGUAGCAGAUUGAAAAUGGUAUAAGACAUGUCUUCAAGGCUUCUGAUUGGUUAUGUAAAGUACAAUAAUGGGUCUCAUAUAAUUAAGUCUUUAGGGCAUUGUUCUUGAAACUUCUAAAAGUUUUGAAUAUAUUUUGCCUGGAGCAAUUUAAAGUUAUGGCUUAGAAAUUUGCAGAAGUCCCUGAGAGCAGGAAAUAUUUAAAUUGCCUCCCUGAGCCUAAGGAAGGUUCUUCAGAGAAUUUCCUGGGUCAUCUCAAUGGGACAAUGUUUCCACAUGGGCUUCAGGGACAAAUGUAAUGUGCCAUAUUCACAAAUUGAACUGCCCAAUAUUUUGUUCUCCUCUUACAUUUGAACAAGCAGAACUAAAGUACCGUCCCUUUGUAAAUGUAUCUGAUGUAAUGUAUGGAGUUUUGAAACAAUUUAGAAAUAACACCUUUGUUAUCAAUAUUUUACAGAUAAUUUAACCUGUGCCAUUAUGGCUUCCAAGCAGUGACCCCCUUCUUCAGAAAUCCAUCAGCUUCACAGAAAAUUUUGCUGGACAGCCUAAAAGUAGAAGAUCAAGGCAAACUAUUCCGCUGUGCAUUGCAACCUAGGAAAUGAGCCAACAUUCCAUUUAGAGGUAAAAGAGAGAGUAAAAUGGAAUGGGAAAACCAGACCAUUCUGGUGGAAUUUUUUCUGAAGGGACUUUCUGGUUACCCGAGGCUUGAGUUACUCUUUUUUGUGCUCAUCUUCAUAAUGUAUGCGGUCAUCCUCCUGGGCAAUGCUACUCUCAUUUUAAUCAACAUCUUGGACCCUCACCUUCACACCCCUAUGUACUUCUUUCUGGGGAACCUUUCCUUCUUGGACAUCUGCUACAGCACCACCUCUAUUCCCUCCACGCUGGUGAGCUUCCUUUCAGAAAGAAAGACCAUUUCCUUUUCUGGCUGUGCAGUGCAGAUGUUCCUUGGCUUGGCCAUGGGGACAACAGAGUGUGUGCUCCUGGGCGUGAUGGCCUUUGACCGCUAUGUGGCUAUCUGCAACCCUCUGAGAUAUCCCAUCAUCAUGAGCAAGGAUGCCUAUGUAUCCAUGGCAGCUGGGUCCUGGAUCAUAGGAGCUGUCAACUCGGCAGUACAAACAGUGUUUGUGGUACAGUUGCCUUUCUGCAGGAAUAACAUCAUCAAUCAUUUCUCCUGUGAAAUUCUAGCUGUCAUGAAACUGGCCUGUGCUGACAUCUCAAGCAAUGAGUUCAUCAUGCUCGUGGCCACAACAUUGUUCAUAUUGACACCUUUGUUAUUAAUCAUUGUCUCUUACAUGUUAAUCAUUGUGAGCAUCUUCAAAAUUAGCUCUUCUGAGGGGAGAAGCAAAGCAUUCUCUACCUGCUCAGCUCAUCUGACUGUGGUCAUAAUAUUCUAUGGGACCAUCCUGUUUAUGUACAUGAAGCCCAAAUCUAAAGAAACACUUAAUUCGGAUGACUUGGAUGCUACCGACAAAAUUAUAUCCAUGUUCUAUGGGGUGAUGGCUCCCAUGAUGAAUCCUUUAAUCUACAGUCUUAGAAACAAGGAUGUGAAGGAGGCAGUAAAACACCUGGUGAGAAGAAAAGUUUUUAACAAAUAAAUGAGAAAGGUGUGAGUAAUUUUAUGAUUACAAUGUGGAAAUCAAUUAGAGAAACCAGAGUUAAACAUAGUUGCUGUUUCACUUUCCUCUCCCAAAGCUCUAAAGCACCAAAAUACACUUCUCUGAUUGCAAUACCUAAUGAAAAGAACUAAAUAAAUAAAUUUCAGUGUUUUGGAAAUUGAUGAUUAGAGUUUUGUUUGGUUUUCAUUGUUGAAGAGCUUGAUUGUGAAGCUAAGUAGAGACAGAAUGUAAUAUGGAGGGGGAUUUCUAGUUACGAGUAAAACCUUUUUUCCCCUUAAUUUUUGAUAAAAUUAUUUCCAAACCAACUUCAUACUUUCUUUACAAGACAGAAUGAAUCUGUUUUAGAUCUUUUAAUAAGUCAGUUAAAAUUAUGCAUAUCCAAUAUUGUAAUUAGUAAAAUAAUUUAUUUGGAGUCUACUAAAAUAUGACCUGGCCCCCUUGAACUUAGGUCUGAGCCCUGGAGGUGAUCAGGUACAGGCCACAGUUUAAAAACUUGUUGUGAGCCAGGGCACAAACAGCGCUGUUUUGGGGUACCGAUGACAAAGCAUAAUGCCUAUUUUUUUGUGUGUGAAACACCUUGUAGCUUUGGAACAAGAUGGCCUAAGGGAGUCAACCACGGAGUAAUGACCAUAUAUCUCUCUUUGCUUAUAACUAUUCUAGUUAAUAGCAGUUACCCUAGUGUGAUUAUUAAUAGUUCUCCCUUUCACUAUCAAAAGUGUUUCAGUUUGGAUGAUCUCACAUAUGGUCGCCCUAAAUAGCAGGGCAGCAGGACCAUCAGAUUCCAGGGAAAUGAUAGGAGAGAUGGCAGAUCGUGGCACUGUGAUGUCAGUGUCCUUAGGGAAACAAAGUGGGCACACAAUAUUCAAUACGUGUGAGAUAUUCCCAGGAACCCUUCAAAAUAAAUGGCUGAGCCAUCAAGUUUGAGGGUGUUCCAUUAGGGUAACAUGCUACAAAUUAGAUUUCCAAUUAUCUAAAAAUUAAAAAAUAUGUAUCACUUACUUAGAAUAAAAACUUUAUAUGGAGUUGUUGAUUUUUUAAGGACAAUAAUUCACCAGCAUGGUUAGUUAUCAUUUCUGAUUGCACCUUAUUGGGAUU